CCCGCGCGCACGAUCGGAAGAAGGGAGAAAUCUCUCACGAGACGAGCCGCGACAACUCCGGGGAUACCGGGGCCGUCGCGUUUGUUGACGGCGUAGCGCGCCGCGCCGUGACCGGGAGCCGCGGCUGCGAUUCUCCCGUUAAAAAGGCUGCGCUUGACAAGGAUGCGUCGGAUGACAACUGCGCAGAAAUGACUCCGUUGAACGUGGUCAACCAGGGGCGUCCGUUAUUUCGAUGAAGCCCGCUCCGUGUUCACCACCACCACCACCACCAUCAUCAUCAUCAUCAUCAUCACCACCACCGCCCGCCCGCCCGCCCGCCGGCCGUAGAAGCCACUGUACCCAGCGGUAUGGACGUCUUAAAUAUCUCCCGUGCAUCUGAAGAACGUUGCGCAGUGCAGUGACUACGGCGUGUUGUCGUGUUUCGGGGGGUCGGAUGUGAUAUUUAAUUGGCAGUGACUCGGUUACCGAGGCGCAGUCGCUAUUCCGAGACCGGGCAGCGGCGCUGGGCUUUGUACGAUUCUCGCAGACGGCGGCCGCGCAGUCAGUGUGAGGCGCUUUCGCCGAGUUGGCGAGAGCCGCACUCUCCGGGGUUUCCGAUGAGAGGCAAACAAUACCAUCAACAACUGAAGUUGACAGCGCCCUGGGAGAAGGAUGCUGGCUACGGGAGGAAGCUCAAAACCUACAGGAACCAUACCAAGAUAAUAGCACAGCCUGGGAUCGUGAUGAAAGUGCUGCGCAGGAAGAGGAUUGUCUUAUUUAUGGCCUACUUCUUGCUGUUGGUCCUCACCAUGCUGAACUUGGCCAACUACAAGUGGACCAAAGAGCCACAGCAGUGCAACCACCAGAUGAGGAGCACCACGUAUCAAAGCAGAUCCGAUAUCCGUUUCCUGUACAGGCCCCCGUUGGCGAAAAAGAGACAACUUGUUUAUGUUCUGACGACCUGGAGGUCGGGCUCCUCCUUUUUUGGAGAGCUCUUUAACCAAAACCCUGAAGUGUUCUUCUUGUACGAGCCCAUGUGGCACAUCUGGCAGAAACUGUACCCAGGUGACGCGGUGUCUUUACAGGGGGCAGCCAGGGACAUGUUGAGCUCCUUGUACCGCUGUGAUCUCUCCGUUUUCCAACUGUACAACAGUCCCGGGGGAAAGAACUUCACCUCCCUCGGCCUGUUUGGGGCCACCCUCAAUAAGGUGGUGUGCUCUUAUCCCCUCUGCUCUGCUUACAGGAAAGAGGUGGUGGGGAUGGUCGACGACAAGGUGUGUAAAAAGUGCCCCCCUCAAAGCCUUAGACUGUUGGAGGAGGAAUGUCUUAAAUAUAGCACCAUAGUCAUUAAAGGGGUACGCAUCCUUGACGUCAACGUGCUGGCGCCGCUCAUGGAGGAUCCCUCCCUGGACUUGAAGGUGAUACACCUGGUCCGGGACCCGCGGGCCGUGGCCAACUCCAGAAUCAAAUCCAGACAUGGCCUGAUAAGGGAAAAUUUACAGGUGGUCCGGAGCCGGGACCCUAAACUUCGCCGGAUACCCUUCGUGGACCCCGGCCACAAGGCUAACAAGAAGGACGGGUCGGACUACCACUCCAUCGGAGCGAUGGAGGUGAUCUGCGACCGCACCUCCAGGACUCUCAGGACUGCCUUAAACCCGCCCAGCUGGCUCAAGGGGAAGUACAUGGCUGUGCGGUACGAGGACCUGGUGGAGAGCCCGGUCAAGACCUUGCGCAGCAUUUAUCGCUUCGCCAACCUGACCGCCAACCACGACAUCGAGUCGUUUGCUUUGAACAUGACCAGCGGCUCCAGCUCGUCCUCCAAGCCGUUCAUUGUGUCGUCGAGGAACGCGACACAAGCCGCCAGCGCAUGGAGAACAGUGCUCAGCAUCCAGCAGAUCAAGCAAGUGGAGGACUACUGCCACCACGCCAUGUCUGUGCUGGGGUACGAGAGGGUCAGGACCUCAGGAGAGGCAAAGGACCUCAGCAAAUCUCUACUGACUCACUCCAAACUGUGACAACCGUCCCCGCCACCAAAGACGUUUAAUUUAAUCGCCAUUCUUGUUUUUGUUUGCAUCGAGUGCCGUUUCCUCUUACUGUGGAAUUAAAAGCUUUACUUUGAAGAGCAGUGUUGGGAGGAGCUCCGCUCACCACAUUUGGAAUGUAUCUCUGUUGCGUUUUCUUUCCCUCCAUUGAGCGACAGUGGACCACACACACACACAACACACACACAACUUUUGUAACUGGAAUGCUGGAUGUGUUUGGGCCUACGAACAGUGUCUCGAACGGUGAUGUUGCAACCGCGAAAAACAACUGUAUAAUUCAAGUAUCUUGUUAUGACAACAGUGGACGUUUUUGGGGUUAUUUUUUGAAUGUUGAAAACUUAAAAAAAAAAGAAGAUAUAUUUGUUUCUCCCAGUUCUCCAUAUUGUCUGUAAAAGUGAAAAAUAGUCGGUGGAAGAAUAACAACAACAACAACAAGAACAAUUGAUCCAACAGUUUAUAAGUCAAUGUUUAUUUGUAAUACUUGGGUUCGAGUCAGAGACAAUCAGCUGGUUUGACGUGCCAUAGAGAGAGGUGCGAUGAGGGGACUACCGUCCGAACAGCAGCACAUCUCUUCCGAGGAAGAGGGGGGGGGGGUGUCUUUCUGCCACCAAACCAUCAUAGGAUGACAUGACACACUGCGGACAAUGCCAUGGCAGGAAAACACAAGAGCUCAGAAAGCCUUUCGUAACGUCAGUGUAAGCGGUCUGUUCUACCAUUUCAAAUGUUUACAAGUGCUUGCUCCUAUAAAACACAUGAUCUGAGAAUAUUGCAUCGAGUAAAGUUCACCGUCAACGAGA